AUGGAAACACUUCUCUGGGAGAAGACGAUAAUAUCUUCAGAGGAUGUUGGGGAUGAUUGGGAUUCUAUAUUCUCCAACGACACAGAUGAUUUGGGAGAAGACGUGUGUGAUCAGGACGAACGCAUGCGCUUCAAGGCCACGUUCAUCCCGCUGUUGUACUCGCUGGUGUUUGUGGUGGGGAUCCUGGGGAACGGGGCUCUGCUGGGGGUCUUGUUCCGCAGCAGAAGGGGCUGGAGUGUGACCGACAUCUUCAUCCUGCACCUGUGCGUGGCUGACGUGCUGCUGCUGUUCACGCUGCCUCUGUGGGCUUCUGAGGCUGUGAGCGGCUGGACCUUUGGGACCCCCCUGUGCAAACUUACAGAGGCUGUGUUCACGAUCAACUUCUACUGCGGGAUCUUCCUGUUGGCCUGCAUCAGCCUGGACCGGUACUUAUCCAUUGUCCACGCCACGCAGAUGUAUUCUCGGAGGAAGCCCUCUGUUAUCCAGGGGAGCUGCCUGGUAGUGUGGGCCGCCUCCUUGCUCCUGUCUACCCCAGACUGGAUGUUCAGCAAAGCGCAGUGGGACGACAGACGAAACAUAACCUUAUGCGUCCACAACUACCUCAUGUUUGGCCCGCUGGCGUCCAGAGUCGGACCCCUGGUGAUCAAUCUGAUUUAUCACGUGGUCGGCUUCCUCUUGCCCUCUGCUGUGCUCAUCUUCUGCUACUCCUGCAUUCUCCACCGGCUCCGCUGCGGCUCAAACGGCCUUCAAAAGCAGCGUGCGUCCAGGGUAAUCGUGGUGGUCGUGGCUGCGUUCUUCCUCUGCUGGACCCCUUACAACAUCACUCUAAUGGUGGACACCCUCACAUCUGACAGCAACCACACCUGUGAUGGGCGGAGUAGAAUGGAGCGAGCCCUAAUCAUCACGUCAUCCCUGGGCUACUUCCACUGCAGCCUCAAUCCCAUCCUGUACGCCUUUGUGGGAGUGAAGUUUCGACGACAGCUCCUGGACAUUCUCCGCACCAUGGGCAUCAACGUCAAGACCAGAGGCCGCUUCCCGUCCACAACCAGUAGUCGCAAGAGCUCUAUGUGGUCCGAGUCCAGAGACACGUCCAACUCCAUUGCAGUCUGA